AUUAAACUUUUGGAAAGGACAUACAGCAAAACUUUUAUUUCAUAUAUUUUGGGGUGAAUUAAAAUUUCCCCCAAUUAAAAAACGCUGCUGGUUCAUCGUCCUGUGGGGUUGAACCUAAUUCCAAAUCAGAUGGGUGGUGCAAGUGCUAGUCUCCUCCAUCCAAUGGAUACAGAUUCUGCAAUUCCUAGAGACAGAGACUUUGGCAGAUCCCAAUUCGGCUGUGAACACUACAAGAGAAGGUGCAAAAUAAGAGCGCCUUGCUGCAAUCUCAUCUUCCCAUGCCGCCACUGCCACAACGACGCCGCGAACGCUUUACCUGAUCCUAAAGAACGACAUGAUUUGGUCCGACAAAACGUCAAACAGGUUAUCUGUUCAGUGUGUGAAGCUGAGCAAGAGGUAGCUCAAGUCUGCUCGAACUGCGGCGUCUGUAUGGGAGAAUACUUUUGCAACAUCUGCAAAUUCUUUGACGACGAGACCUCAAAAGAACAAUUUCAUUGUGACGACUGUGGGAUUUGUAGAGUUGGUGGGCGUGACAAUUUCUUUCAUUGCCAAAGCUGUGGAGCUUGUUAUUCAAUGGGCCUGCGCGAUAAUCACUCAUGCAUUGAGAACGCCACUAAGAACUCUUGUCCUGUCUGUUAUGAGUUUUUAUUUGAUUCCGUAAAAGCUGCACAUGUCAUGAGAUGUGGCCAUACUAUGCAUAUGGGUUGCUUCAAACAAAUGAUCACUGAACAACAGUACCGAUGCCCAAUUUGCUACAAGUCAAUGAUGGAUAUGUCUUCUUCAUGGCAACUAUUAGAUGCCGAGAUAAGGGCAACAGAGAUGCCUAGUGAAUAUAACUAUGAGAUUGAAAUUCUUUGCAAUGACUGCAAUAAGAGCAGCAAAGCUAUGUUCCACAUUCUGGGGCACAAGUGCGCGCAUUGUGGUUCUUACAACACUCGCAGGAUCUCAGCUCCACAAGACCCACCCCCGCAAGGUGAAACAGAGCGACAAGUUUCUGAACCUAGAGAAUAAGCAAGCUAUUCUUGAUUGGUUCAACCAUAAGAGUUAUACGGCUCUGUGUUUUGCUUGUUACAUAAAGUGAUCCGGCAGGCAAACCACCAUUAGGUUUGGAUUGCAGGUUUUAGUCACAUGAAUGUUUGUAAUUGGUCCCAGUUGCUUUCACCAACUACGGUUUUCUUAUGAAGUGUGAAAAACAGGAGGAACUAUUCAAAAAUCAAAACUAAUUGAACA